AUGACGGCCGAACUCCGGACCAAGAAGAUCACCGGCUACAUCCGCCGCAGCGUCAAAGUCUUUGUGCGUCGGCGCGAUGCCGUUACUGAUUUCUUGAAAGAGGCAUUGGACCUGGCAAUCAAAGCAGGCAAAAUCGUGCUCGAAUUCGACAAGGAGCACCCGAACCUCGUCGCCAUCGUUGCCGGCGGAGUGAUGCUGGCUAGUGUCUCCCCCUGGGUGCUGCAAGCCCUAGGUUUUGGACAACUUGGACCUGUUGCUGAUUACUCCUCCGUCCUCUCUACCUGA